GAAAACGAAGAACGAAGAACGAAAAACAAGAAUCCAUCUCCAUCCAUUUUGUUGUUUUCACCUUUUUCCGCCAUUCAGCGUUUGGCCGGUGCGCUUUGCUGACCUGGUACUCCCCUCAUUUGCUAACCCCACUCACUCAUUUUCAAAAUCCCCACAAAAAACAACAACCCAAGAAUUUUUCAAAAUCCCUCUCUCACAAAAAUCCAUUCUUUAAAGUUCCCAGCUUCCUUGUUUUUUAUCCACCCCUAUAAACAGUCACUUUUAGCUUUCAACGAAAAAGAGAGUCUUGGUCUUCUUUGUCACCGAAAAAUUCGGCGGGCUGAUUUUCUUGCGUUGCAGAUUCUUGGGUUUUUUUUUUAUUUCUUGGUGGUGCUUUGUUUCCGGUUUGCAGAUACUGAAAAAAGGGUUUGACUUUUUCAGAAUUUGCUAUUUAGUUUCAUCAAGAUUUUCCACUGCCCUUUUUGGGAUUUUGAGUGGUUUGAUGAUUUCUGGGGAUUUUUGUCAGCUUGUUCCUUCUUUCACAUGAUUAGGGUUUUUGGUUCAAGCAAGUCUCUUAAAAAUUGAGAGGAUUGGAUUCGGUUACAGAAGCAAAUAAAUUCAGACGUAAAAUAAAAUCGAGGCAUUAUGGUGGCGAAAGAUUAUCAGAAGAGCAAAGGAUCAAAUAAAGCUGAGGUGGGAGAAAUAGACACCAGUGCACCAUUUCAAUCGGUCAAAGAUGCUGUCAACUUAUUUGGUGAAGGUGCUUUUUCAGGCGAAAGGCCCACCAUCAGGAAGCCAAAGGCACAAUCUGCAGAACGAGUUUUUGUAAAAGAGACGCAGCUUCACCUGGCCCAAAAGGAGUUAAAUAAGCUGAAGGAACAGUUGAAAAAUGCCGAGACUACUAAAGUUGAUGCUCUUUCAGAGCUUGAAAAAGCCAAACAGACUGUUGAGAAUUUGAGCCAGAAGCUAAGAGUCAUUAAUGAAUCAAAAGAUUCAGCAAUUAAAUCUACAGAAGCUGCAAAGCAUCAGGCAAACCAACUUGCAGAAGCCAACAACAAUGUUUUGGAAGGAGUAAAUGGACAUUCAAACGGUGAUGUUGAAACUGACAAAGUGCAGUAUUUGAAUGCUGUUGCUGAACUUAAUGCUGCUAAACAGGAAUUAAGGAAAAUUCGUCUGGAAUAUGAUGCGUCUUUAGAAGAAAAGGAGAGAGCGGCAAAGCAAGCUGCUGUGGCUGAUACUGCUGCCAAAUCAAACAUGGAGAGAGUUGGUGAACUGACUGCGGAAAUCGCUAGUGUGCAUGAGUCGAUUCAGCAAGUAAAGUUGGCACACAUGCAAGCAAAGGAAGAUGAAACGAAUAUCUGUGCCGACAAGGAGAAACAGAAGCAAUUAUAUAAAGAUAGAAUUGAAGGUCCAGUGAAGAGACUGGUUGCUUUGAAAAAAGAUGUAGACCCUGAAGUCGCAAGAAAUUUGGAGUCCGAGUUGAAUGGAACCUUGUCUGAAAUUGAAUCUUUACGAAAGGAGAUGGAGAAUACAAGGGUCUCUGAUCUUGGUUCUGUCAAGGCUGUCACUGUAGAGUUGAUUGGUGCGAAGGAAUCAUUAAAUAAAGUAGCAGAAGAGGAGAGCUCGCUAAGAAGCUUAGUUGAGACUCUUAAGGUUGAGCUGGAAAACAUUAAAAGGGUUCAUGCUGAAUUAAAGGAGCAGGAAGCAGAAACCGAAUCAUUGGCAGGUAAUCUACAUGUCCAGCUCCGGAAAGCCAAGUCUGAGCUUGAAGAAGGACUUGCUGAAGAAGCCAAAAUCAGAGGUGCAUCUGAUGAACUGGUUGCUUCGAUUCAUCAGCUAACUACAGAGAAUGAGGCUGCUAAGAUCGAAGCUCAAGAGAUGAAACAAAAGGCUGAAGAGCUCAGCAAAGAAGCAGAAGCUGCAAGGAUUGAACUGGAAGAAGCAGAAAAUAAGCUAGAGAUUGCGAUGAAAGAAGCUGAGGAAGCAAAGGCAGCUGAGGCCAAAGCCCUUGAUCAAAUUAAGAUGCUUUCCGAGAAAACAGAUGCUGCACGUGCCUCCACAUCCGAGCCUGGCGCCCAGAUCACCCUGUCAAGGGAUGAAUUUGAGUCACUGAGCCGGAAGGUUGAGGAAUCUGAAAAACUGUCGGAUAUGAAAGUUGCAGCUGCCAUGGCUCAGGUGGAAGCCGUGCAGGCCAGUGAGCACGAGGCCCUGCAGAGAUUGGAGGCGACCCGGAAAGAGAUAGAAGACAUGAAAGCUGCAACACAAGAGGCGCUGAAGAAGGCAGAGAUGGCUGAGGCAGCGAGGAAGGCAGUUGAAGGGGAGCUCAGAAGAUGGAGGGAACGGGAGCAGAAGAAGGCUGAAGAAGCAGCAGCACGAAUUCUUGCAGAGACAGAGAAGUCCUUGGAAUCAUCUCCUAGUAACUACCAAAUCCAAAAGCCGAGGGCUCAAGUGAAAGGAAAAGCAGGGGAAACGAAGAGGCUGGAGAAGGCAAAGACGUCUGUAUCGAAGGUGGCACUGAUGCCUAGUCUUUCAUAUGUUUUCCAGAAAAAGAAAAACAAGGUCGAGGGCGGGUUGCCUUCGUACUUGCCUGGUGAGAGGCCGGUUUGGUGAGUGCUACUGUGAGUUUCUUGUGCAGAAUAAUGUGUUAUAUGCCUUGUAAAUUUGAGGCUAAUGUUUUGAAUGCUGGACAAGAUUAGGUGACUGUUCUGGUAAUUUGGUUUUAUUUGUUAAAUUGUGCUUUUUUUGGUGUAUUGAGAAUGUAAAUGGCUGCUGGUAAUAAAUAUUGUAUAAUAACUGGUGUUUUUGUUUA